GAAAUAUGAAUUUUCUUUCACGAUGCCGAUUGGAGGGCCACUUUGACGUCAAAGGAGUCGGAUUUUCCGCCAAUCACAGCUCAUGUGUCAUUGAUUCUCAAAUACCUUUUCUGUGCCGCUGUUUUGUUUUGGUUAUGUGUACGUCGAAAAUAGAAAUAGCAAGAUAUUGCUAAAAAAAAAUUCAAAAGGGGGUCUCGUAAAAGCCAAUAUCACAAAUCUACCGAAAGUAGAUAUAUUUAUGGUGAAGAACACUGAUCUCAAGUUCUUGGGAGUUCCUCGACAAGAAUUGGAAUGCAUGUCAGAUGAUCAUGCCCUCGAAUUUGCGACGAAGAAUCCAAAAGUUGGAAGUUUCUUGAAAGGCUGGAAGGUUGUUGAUGUCAAACUCCAUGCGGAGCGAGGCUGUGAUGGAUAUAUGCGUAUUAUUACACAAAAAAUAAUCAGAAAAUUUGACAAGACAGUGCGGUAUCAUCCAAUUAAUCACAUGUUUGUUAUUGAGUAUCCAUGUAACUAUUUUUCAACCUUAACUUGUCUUCAAAGUUAAGCAGAUCCAUUUUUUAAAAAUUAAUUUUAUACAUAUUUAUAAUUUUAUUUCGUUUCUUUUAAGAGUUAUGUCCUUUGUCAAAUGUAUCCUUAACCAUCUCAACCUAGACUGGGCAUAAUAUACCCGGACGAUAUUUUCGGCUCGCUAUAUAGUUGUUUCAGUUUGAUGAAAAUAUUUAUAGUAAUAUGUUAAAUUCAUAUUAUGAAUUUGAUAAUAUUUAUUUUUAUGAGACUUUCAGCUAUAGUUUAAAAAAUAAAAAAUCCCGAUGCGUUAAUUUGAACCAGAGAUAUU